UAUCUAAAUUAAUAUAUUUUUAUAACAAUAAAUUUCAAAGUGUUAAAUAAAAAAAAAUAUAUAAGAAUUUUUCUAUAUAAAGGAAUAAAAAUUUUCCUUAAAAAGUUUUUUUUUAUUUUUUUUUUAUUUAAAGUGCAAUGUCAUUUGAUUCUCUAUUCGUAGACAAAAAAUUUUUCCUUAUUUUUUGACAAAUCUGUUUUUUUUUUUUAUAAAAUGGAAAAUUUUUUCGAUUUUGUAAUGUUUUCAAGUUAGUAAUUUUUUUUAGAGAAAAUUUAGUAUUUACUACAUUGUACUUAUACAGAAAAAAAAAAAGAUUUUUGUUCCAAAUACAAAAAUUUUUAUCAAAAAUUUGUAAGAAGGAAAAAAAGGGGAAAAAAUUUUAUGACGAGACAUCUAAAUUCAGAAAUGGUGUUGUAAUUAAAAUUUGGUACACAAAAUUUAAGGAGAGAAAAAAGAAAAUAAAGAAAAACCUUCCCCAAAAGUCACUUAAAAUUUCUUUUUCAAAAUUUACUGAUUGCAUUGAAAGAAUUCUUUAAAUAGAUUUAUUUAUAAUGUAAAAAAUACGAUAGGAACAAAAAAUUAAAUUAAGAAAAAGUUUAUAAUAAAAAUAAAUAAAAAUUGAAGUCGACAUUUUUUUUUGCGUUUGUUAAGGUUUUAUAUUUGUAUUAUCAAAAAGGAAAAGCAUUCGGAAGUAAUUUUUUUAUAUAUUAUAUGUAAAGACAGAAAAUUUUUUUCAAAAAUCUUCAAAAAAAUAUAAUAUUCAUAUUUAAGAAGACAAGAUAUAUAAUACACAGCAUUAAAAUGAAUAUGAGAGGUCCAGCCCCUAAAAAGGAUGGCAAAAUGAGGAUACGUGCUUUUCCGACCUCUAUGGAUGAAAAAUAUGUUGAAACGAUUUGGGCAUCAUUGAAAAAUGCAAUACAAGAAAUUCAAAAGAAAAACAAUUCUGGUUUAUCAUUUGAAGAAUUAUAUAGAAAUGCUUAUACAAUGGUAUUACAUAAGCACGGAAAUCGUUUAUAUGUUGGCUUACGUGAAGUUGUAACAGAUCAUUUAGUAAAUAAAGUUAGACAAGAUGUACUUGAGUCAUUACGAAAUAAUUUUUUGCCAAAAUUAAAUCAAGCAUGGAAUGAUCAUCAAACUUCAAUGGUUAUGAUACGUGACAUAUUAAUGUAUAUGGAUCGUGUAUAUGUUCAACAGCAUGAAGUUGAAAAUGUUUAUAAUUUGGGUUUAAUAAUAUUUAAAGAACAAAUAGUUAGACAUAGACCAAUACAGGAGCAUUUACGUGAAACAUUAUUAGGUAUGGUAAUGGCUGAACGAAAUGGAGAAGUUAUCAAUCAUUUGGCAAUUAAAAAUGCAUGUCAAAUGCUUAUGUCAUUGGGUAUUAAUACAAGAACGGUAUAUGAAGAAGAUUUUGAGCGACCUUUUUUAGCUCAAUCGGCAUCAUUUUAUAAAAUAGAAUCACAAAAAUUUUUAGCGGAAAAUAAUGCCAGUGUUUAUAUUAAAAAAGUUGAGUCACGAAUUCAAGAAGAAUCAGCUCGCGCUGCUCUCUAUUUGGAUAAGGACACAGAACCUCGUAUAGUUAAGGUAGUUGAAGAUGAAUUAAUUAAAAAACAUAUGCGUUCAAUUGUUGAAAUGGAGAAUUCUGGUGUUGUCUAUAUGAUAAAAAAUUCGAAAACAGAGGAUUUAGCAUGUAUGUAUAAAUUGUUUUCACGCUUGAAAGAGGAUGGUUUAAAAACUAUUGUUGAUGCUGUAUCGACAUAUUUACGUGAACAAGGAAAAUUGUUAGUUAAAGAAGAAGAAAAUGGUACAAAUCCAAUAACAUUUGUACAAAACUUAUUGGAUUUAAAAGAUCGUUUUGAUCAUUUUCUUUAUCAUUCGUUUAAUAACGAUAGGAUAUUUAAAAAUAUGAUAUCAUCCGAUUUUGAACAUUUUCUUAAUUUAAAUAGCAAAUCACCAGAAUAUUUGUCACUGUUCAUUGAUGACAAAUUAAAGAAAGGUGGAAAAGGGAUGAGCGAACAAGAAAUUGAGUUAAUAUUAGAUAAAACAAUGGUACUAUUCAGAUUUUUAUUAGAAAAAGAUGUAUUUGAGCGGUAUUAUAAAACGCAUCUGGCAAAACGGCUUCUAUUAAAUAAAUCAGUCUCUGAUGAUUUUGAAAAGAACAUGAUAUCUAAAUUAAAGACUGAAUGCGGUUGUCAAUUUACCUCAAAAUUAGAAGGAAUGUUUAAAGACAUGUCAGUUUCAAAUACAAUCAUGGAAGAAUUUAAGAAUUAUAUAAAUACUCAUAAAAUGGCAUUAUCCGGUGUAGAACUAACUGUUAGAAUAUUAACCACAGGAUUUUGGCCAACACAAACAGCUACACCGAAUUGUAAUAUACCAUUGGCACCAAGAACAGCAUUUGAAAUAUUUAAGAAAUUUUAUUUAGACAAACAUUCAGGACGUCAAUUGACUUUACAACCACAAAUGGGGACAGCAUAUAUUAAUGCAGUAUUUUAUGGUACCUCAAAGGGUGAAUUAGACAAAGAAAAAGAUGGUCCAAGUAGCUCAAGUUGUACAUCGGUAGGCAACGAAUGUCCAACAACAACGAGGAAGCAUGUGUUACAAACUUCAACUUAUCAAAUGUGUGUUCUAAUGUUAUUUAAUAAUCGCGAACGUUUAUCAUAUGAUGAGAUUCUACAGGAAACCGAUAUACCUGAACGUGAAUUGAUCAGAGCUUUACAAUCACUGUCAAUGGGUAAACCAGCUCAACGGUUAUUGGUUAGAAAUCCAAAAACAAAAGACAUUGAGCCUACAAAUGAAUUUCAUAUUAAUGAUGCUUUUGUGUCUAAAUUCCACAGAGUAAAAAUUCAAACUGUUGCUGCUAAAGGUGAAUCGGAGCCUGAACGUAGAGAAACACGUGGUAAAGUUGAUGAAGAUCGUAAACAUGAAAUUGAGGCAGCAAUUGUAAGAAUAAUGAAAGCAAGAAAGCGUAUGACGCAUAAUUUGCUUGUAUCUGAUGUGACAUCGCAAUUAAAGUCUCGAUUUUUACCAUCCCCCGUGUUUAUUAAAAAGCGAAUAGAAGGCCUUAUUGAAAGAGAAUACCUAGCAAGAACGCCGGAUGAUAGAAAAGUUUAUGUUUAUUUGGCAUAAAAAUUUAUUUUAGUUAUAUAUAUAUAUAUAUAAUAUCUAUAUAAUUAUAUUUAAUAACAAAAAAAAAAAAAAAAAACACUUUUUUUAUCUUGUUUUUCUGAAUUUGGCUGAAUAUUUUGCGCUUUCAUGCUUGUAUCUGUUAAUUUUUCUGAAUUAAUCGUUUCAAAAAAAAAAACUAAAAUAAAAGAUCACAAAAAACGAAUGAUUUGGUUACAUCAACUUUUUGCAAAUAUUAUUGUUUUGCCAAAAUUUUAGAAAACAUUAUGGAAGUUAACAAACUAGAAAUACACAUUUAAUAGAAUUAUGCAAAUCAUUUCUUGCAAAUUUCGUUAAUAAAAAAAAAAUUUUUUUUUCGUUUCGAAAUAGCAAAUAAUUGAAUUAAUUAAUAUAAUGAAAAACUGUUAUAAGAUUUUUUUUUUUUAUUUUUCAAGUGAACAAUUAUUUAUAGAAAUAUUCUGUGUUUUUAUAUUUAUUCAAAAUUAAAAUAAAAAACAUAAUAAGAGAGAACAACAUUCAUUAUUGUCCAUAGGACAAUUUAAAAAAGUCGUAACAAAGUGGAUACGAAAAGAUUAUUAAUAGAAUAAUGCGGAUUCCAUUCAUGAUAAUUUUCAAAUUUCCUUUCAAAGUAACUAGAUCAUUGUAUCAUAAUUCAAAAAGAUCAUGUAUAUUAGUGCGUAACUAAUUGUUAUUUUCAUAAGAAUGUAAAGAAUUAUUCAAAUGUUUUUUUUUUGUAUUACAUUCAAAGAUAAAAAGAAAAAUUUUAAAAAUAGCUGAAAAUCUUAAUUCAAAUUUUAAGAUUUUUGAAACCUUUUUAAUUUAAUCAAACUAAAUAACAAAUUUAAUUGUUCAAAUGGGAUGAAAUCUACAAUUAAAACAAUGGGAAUUAGAACAAAGACACAGUAAAUGUAUGCAAUAAAAAAAAAUUUUUAAUUAAAAAUAAUGAACGAAUAAAAAAUAAAUUCUUACUCUUUUUCGUUAUUCAAUUAAAAGAAAGAAAGAAAUAUGUGAGUACUAUUAGACUUAUUCUAAUUAAAAAUAAUAUUGAUUUAUAAUUAUUCCUUAAAAUGAUUAUUAAUAAUUUUCGACUUUAAGAUUUUAAUAAUGUAAUUAUAAAUGAUUUUUAGAAGAAAAU